GCAGAGCUGGAAGAGGAGCCGGGCCCCGGUCCCUGUCCCUGCCCGGGAGGUGAGGGGGGCACGGCUGGAGGGUGCCGGUGCUCCGCUCUGCCCGCUCCUAGGCAGGGGGUCAUGGAGAAGGCCUGGCGCCGCCUGAGGGAGUUCGAUGUCGGGGACAAGUUCUCCCGCUUGCCGCUGCCCAGAGCCGCCGUGCUGCUGCCGCUCGUGGUGCAAGGGGGGCGGCUGCACCUGCUGCUCACCGUCCGCUCCAUGCAGCUGAGAAGAUCACCAGGGGAAGUGUGUUUUCCAGGAGGUAAAAGGGAAGCCACUGAUAAAGAUGACAUUGACACUGCUCUCCGAGAAGCUAAAGAAGAAGUGGGUCUUCAGCCAGAGAAGGUGGAAGUCAUCUGUAGGCUGAUGCCUGGAAUUGAUAAAAUUAAUAACUUGGUGACACCAGUUGUAGGAUUUGUGGAGGAUACAUUCCAGGUCACUCCUAAUCCAGAUGAAGUGAGCGAGGUUUUUGUUGUGCCUUUGGAGUACUUUGUCAAGCCCUUAAAUUACAAGACCUUCUCUUAUAAAACCUCCUCAGGUUACUUAACUCGCAUACACUGCUUUACAUACGAUGACCAGGAACACAGAAAGUCAUUCAAGAUAUGGGGACUGACUGCCCACUUUGCUGUAUUUCUUGCUCUUGUAAUUUUUGGAGAGAGACCUACCUUUGAAGUGGAUUAUGAUCUUGACAACUUAAUUUCAUCCUCUGAGAAUUACUUCAUUAAUUUGUAUGCAUCCGUACAUGAAAGAAAGAAGAGUAAUCUGUGACAACUUGGUCCGGCCAUUAAUUUAUUUUGAAAGAGGAAAAAGGAGGUUUGUUUAUUUCCUUUUUACCUAUUUUUUGAAAGCUACACUUGAAUUUCUUCUGAAUUGGGAACUUCAGGUUGACAAUCCCUAACUGGAUUAUUACCAUUUUUAAUCUCUUUUAAGAGUUCUGAGAAGCACAUAGUAUUUUUUGUGAAACAGACUUUGAAAAGGUCUGUUUCAGUUCCUUCUCAGUUUUGGUGCCUUUGUUCUGUGUGUUUCUGUGGUUUGCCUUGUCUGUAAUGAGAUAAUACUAUUUGAUGUAAUUCCUGUUUGAGUUAACCUAUGAAACCUUCUGGGGAUCUGGCUACCUCUUGCACGUGCCAUACAUGGACAAUGUGAUCCAUACAGUCUUGUGUGGUAUCAAAAAGCACUUACAGAAUGCACAAGAAAAAUACAAAUAGUUUCAGGUGAUUUCACAA